AUGGUACCCGGCGUAACAUUGGACCCUGAAGUUGAGAAGUGGGAAGUCAAUGGAGUAGUGGUUUCCGAACUGUUACUUAAAUACCGAGAAGAAAGCAUUAAAAAGGGAGAGAAACAAGUGCUGGACAUUUAUCAAGAAGAGCUUUCUCUCAAUGGUAUUUUUCUAUUUGAUGACUUGAAUUGCGUUUAUCCGGAUUGCUCAUUAGUGUAUGGGUUUGAUCGUGACACCUGGCAAGCGGUUAUGAAUGAAUGCAAGGAGCUAUAUCCCGCUCAAUCGUUGUCAAAAAAAACUAAAAAAAUCAUAAACAAAUUUGCGGAGGCUGGCGCUGAAAAUUUCGAUAAAUGCGACAAGAUUGUUGAGAAACUGAACAACAAAGAUCAGAUCCGAGAAUCGCUGCGCAAUAUUCGAAAACGCUUGGAGCUCUUGAUUCGGGAGGGCUUACUUGCACUUCUACAAGACGUCCCUGAGGACGAUCGGCCUACAGUCUACGCUGACAAUGUUGACUGGCGUGAGAUAAUUGUCGCCUCAAAUACUGUGGAUCCGAAAAGAAUUCUCGAUUACAUGUAUUUCACACCCUCCAAGGGAGCAAGGUCACCAUCACAAGCUUUCACUAAAGAAUUCCGCCAAGCACAUGAAGCUAUGGACUCAAAUUUGAAGUGGAAGUUGUCCACUGGAACGGUGGUAGAAGACGUGUUGUUUGACUAUGGCCUGAACUGCAAUUAUGAAGAUGUUGCGCAUAGCUUUAUUAUCGAUAUGACAUGCAAGGAACUCAUGGAGAAGUUUACGGAAAAGGGGAUUGAAGAAAUUGGGGAGAGAUCGAAGCAUCCGCUUCCCGACAUUCCGGAGAAACUUAUGGAAUGUGUUAACGGUUAUGUUGGCCUGACCACUAUUGAAUGCUUAGAAACCCGUGUGCGAAAGCGACUAUAUGCUUUCGGCACUGAUUUUUAA